CAAAAGACAUGGGUGUUCCCAAGUAAGUGAUUCUUUAAAGAAGGGAAAAGCUCAUCUCCUAGAUCUGUAAGGUCAAAGAGAGAAGGAAGACCUAUUGAGAGGUUAAAAUGGAGGAAAAGAGUGUAAGAAAAAGAAGAGAGGAUGACCAAUCGAUCCAGAGUAAUGAAGCUAAAACUACAAACCUACAAAAACAGGUGGGCCUGAUUAGUGGAAUUUGUAUCAUUGUUGGCACCGUAAUUGGCUCAGGAAUCUUCGUUUCACCCAAAUCUGUACUUAGCAACGUCAAUGCUGUGGGACCUUGUUUGAUCAUAUGGUCGACCUGUGGGAUUGUUGCUACAUUAGGUGCUCUGUGUUUUGCUGAACUUGGCACAAUGAUCACCAAAUCAGGAGGUGAAUAUCCCUACCUGAUGGAAGCCUUUGGCCCUAUACCUGCCUACCUCUUUUCUUGGACCAGUUUGAUUGUCACCAAACCCUCUUCAUUUGCCAUUAUUUGUCUCAGCUUUGCUGAAUACGUGGCUGUCCCCUUCUACGGCAACUGUAAGCCUCCACAACUCGUUGUCAAGUGUCUUGCAGCAGCAGUCAUCAUGGUUAUCACAACAGUGAAUUCCCUGAGUGUGAAGCUCGGGAGCUAUGUACAGAACUUUUUCACGGCAGCCAAGCUGGUGAUUGUCGCCAUUAUUAUUAUUAGUGGAAUUGUGCUUCUUGCCCAAGGGAAAACGAAAAAUUUUGAAAAUUCCUUUGAGGAUGCCAGUAUCUCUGUGGGUUCCAUCAGUCUGGCAUUUUAUAAUGGACUGUGGGCAUAUGAUGGAUGGAAUCAACUGAAUUAUAUCACAGAAGAACUUGAAAACCCCUACAGAAACUUGCCCCUGGCUAUCAUCAUUGGCAUCCCCCUGGUAACUGUGUUCUACGUUCUAAUGAACAUUUCCUACUUCACUGUAAUGACUUCUACAGAACUCUUACAGUCCCAAGCUGUGGCUGUGACUUUUGGUGACCGGGUUCUCUAUCCAGCUUCCUGGAUUGUUCCACUCUUUGUAGCAUUCUCAACGAUUGGAGCUGCUAAUGGCACCUGUUUCACUGCUGGAAGAUUGGUUUAUGUGGCAGGACGGGAAGGUCACAUGUUAAAGAUGCUUUCUUACAUCAGUGUUAAGCGCCUAACUCCAGCACCUGCCAUCAUCUUUUAUGGCAUCAUUGCUAUCCUGUACAUCAUACCUGGAGAUAUAAAUACAUUAAUUAACUACUUCAGCUUUGCUUCAUGGUUCUUUUAUGGCCUGACUGUAGUAGGACUGAUCGUGAUGAGGUUUACAAAGAAAGACCGUAAAAGACCUAUCAAGGUGCCUGUUUUUAUUCCCAUAUUGGUGACCUUUAUUUCAAUUUACCUAGUAUUGGCACCAAUCAUCACUAACCCAGAGUUACCAUAUCUAUAUUGUGUGUUAUUUGUACUGAGUGGACUUCUGUUUUAUUUACUUUUUGUUCACAACAAGUUCAGCUGGGUACAGAAGAUUUCAAAACCCAUCACCAUGCACUUACAGAUGCUUAUGGAAGUUGUCCCGCCAGAAGAAGAUCUCAACUAACAUUUGAUUUUUAAUACAUCGAGCCACGUAAUGUAUUUUUAGAUCCACAAUUCUCUCUUGGCUGGAAUUUAUAGCUGGGAGAAGCAAUUGGAGUUUGCUAAAAUUAGCAAGCUAAGGAAGCUACUCUGCCCUAUUGAAAAUUAGGAGAGUGGUAAAUAAAAUGCCACAGCUGUGGUGGUGACUUAUUUAACAAAAAGAACCAUGCAUUUAUUUAAAAUAAUAUAAGUUCCUUAAACUCAA